CGACCUCUUCAUGAGCCGGGACACACUGGCAACAGCAGUCGACAUCCGACAUGUUUACUCUGAAGACACCCAUACAAUCACUCUCCUGAUACUCCCGGGAGGGCCUGGUCCAAUCAAUCUGACCUUGAACCUCUGCCGCCACAACACCGCUUUGAACACUAGCAGACCAGCUGUGACCUCUCGUGUAUCUAGCCAGACCCACGCACAGCGCAAUCGGGCAUUCUCAGACGCAGCCACCGUUCCCGAUUCUCAACCGCCGGAAUACCCGCUCGAGACACAGGUCAUAGACACCGUCCCCAUCACAGCUAACCCUCAUCCACUCGCACCUCAACCUUCCCCUCGCGCGAUGCGAACCUCCUCAAACGCGACAACCAAAUCAGAACCUGAGCGUGCUCCGGGACCAGCCAGCACAUCCCUGGGUCCCCGAGUCGCUCGGGCACACUGCUCUCCGCUGGGCCCACGAGAGCCGGAAUUUGACCUGGCACAGUCCCCACAUCCCACUGAGAUUCAACCGGCUGCGCAACCGCGCGCCGCGUCGUGUGAUGCCUCCGCAGAGUCCGAUCAGCAGGCUCAUACCCAGGAGUGGCCGGUUGACUCGCAAGGGCUCCCAACGACACAGGCGAUGUAUGCUAUGUUUGGGCUGCCGUGGCCGCCGGUGAUGGAGGACGACGGGGAGGACAUUGGGGAGCAUGGGUGGGACGAUGGAGACAUAGUGUACAGUAGUUGAACAAAAGAUUGAUUUACGGGACUCUGGACAGAGGAUUUACAUUGAAUCGCACUGCUUUACAACGGUUUACAUCGA